AUGCCUCGGCACUGCAAGGUCCUCUCCGGUGGCCACUCGGGUCCAAGAAAGACACACCACAUAUUCCCAUCGCUGUUGACCCUCUGCGAGCAUCCACCCACACAGAUGCACGCAAAGACUCAGAGCUGCCAUGUUGGAUUUGAGGACCAAUGCUUUGAUGCCUUCGUAGGCAAGAAAGCCAAGCGCCACGUUAACCUCAAGUCUUUUCUGCUCGGCCUUCAACCAGAUCGUGGCCACUGCCCGUUGGGACAAUUUCCUUGCGGAAACGAGACGGUCUGCCUUCCGCAGCCCAUGCACUGCAAUGGAGUUGCCGAUUGCACCGAUGGAGCUGAUGAGGAAGACUGCGUCAACUACAUCGGAUGGCCCGUACUUCUGAGCAAGAUGCUCUCCAGAAAUGGGACAAGGGACAAAAAUGGAGAGAAGAAGGUGGCACCAAACUGCACGCUUGGUUGGUAUCCAGAGGGAUGUGUUUGCUCCAGGACGGCCCUGCGUUGCCAAGCUCAAGACUUCCAUGCCAUUCCUCAAGGUUUAUCCAAUGUGACGGAGCUGGAUCUGAAUCAAAAUAAAAUCUCUUCCUUGCUGGACUACCAGUUCGUUGCCAAUAAAGGACUGGAAUACCUCUUCUUAAAAGACAAUGGGAUCCAGACGAUAUCCAAGACCACAUUUUCUGGACUCUCCAAACUCCAGAGACUGUAUCUGAGCUCUAACUCCAUCACAGAUCUGCAGUUGGGCGUCUUCCGGGAUUUGCAAAACCUCAAAUGGCUCAUCCUGGACCACAACAGAAUGACUCGGAUCCUUCCAUCUGUAUUUAUGGGACUGAAAUCUCUGGUGUUUCUAGAUCUUCGUGGCAACUUUUUGCAAGAAAUGCCCGGGGCUUCCAUCUGUACAGAGACACCAAAGCUCAAUUGGCUGGAUCUUGAAGGAAACCACAUCCGUUCUCUGCAACGUUCGGACUUCCAGGGUUGUGGCGAGAUCACUGUUUUGGUUCUGAACAGGAAUAAGAUUGAACGGAUCCAAGACGGGGCAUUUUCUGAGCUGAAGAAGCUGGUGGAACUUGACUUGUCAUCCAAUCAGCUGAAGGAACUUCUCCCUUCCUCUUUCAGGGGCCUUCAAGAAUUGCAGCAAUUGAACCUCUCAAACAACCCUUUGCUCCGGAUUUAUCCUGAUGAAUUUGACCAUGUGCCCCAACUGCGUUCUCUGAGCCUGGAAGGAAUGGAGAUCCCCAACAUCCAGAACCGCAUGUUUGAGCAGCUCACCAACCUCUCCCACAUCUACUUCCUGCGUUUCGGGUCCUGCCGCUUUGCCCCGCACGUCCGCAGCUGCAAGCCCAACACAGACGGGAUCUCCUCCUUCGAGAACCUGCUGGCCAGUUCUGUCCUCAGGGCCGCCGUCUGGGUCAUUGCCUUUGUCACCUGCUUCGGGAACCUCUUUGUCAUCUUCACCCGGUCCUUCAUCGUGACGGAGCACAGCAAGCACACCAUGGCCAUCAAGUCCCUCUGCUGUGCUGACUGCCUGAUGGGUGCCUACCUCUUCUUCCUGGGCGCCUUCGACCUCAAGUUCUCCGGAGAAUACAACCGCCACGCCCAGGCCUGGAUGUCCAGCCGCUCCUGCCAUUUGGUGGGCAGCCUGGCCGUGCUCUCGGCCGAGGUCUCUGUCCUGCUCCUGACCUACAUGACCCUGGAGAAGUACCUCUGCAUCGCCUUCCCCUUCGGCCGCUACGGGGCCAGCGAGCGCCGCACCCGCCUCUCCCUGGCCCUGCUCUGGCUCCUGGGCCUCUCUCUCACCCUGCUGCCCUUCUCCUGCAAGGAGACCUUCGGGGUCUACUACGGCAGCAAUGGGGUCUGCUUCCCACUCCAGUCCCACCCCAACGAGAGCCCUGGCGCCCGGGGAUACUCCGCCGGGAUAUUCCUGGGUCUGAACUUGGCGGCCUUCCUCCUGGUGACCUUUGCCUACAGCGGCAUGUUCCGCUCCAUCCACACCACAGCGGCCCAGGCGGCUAAGCAGAAUGUCCUCUCCAUGGAGGUGGCGCUGGCCAAGAGGUUCUUCUUCAUUGUCUUCACCAACGCUCUCUGCUGGAUCCCCAUUUUCAUCCUGAAGCUCCUUUCAUUGCUGGACGUGGAGAUCCCAGGCACCGUGACCUCAUGGGUGGUGGUCUUCAUCCUGCCCAUUAACAGCACCCUGAACCCCAUCCUGUAUACCCUCACCGCCCCCUCCUUCCAGGAGAAGCUCAAGCAGUUCCUUCAGAAGAAAAGGGCCUCCUUGCAGGAAACCCAGGCCAACAGCUUGGGCUUGUUGUCCUUGCAAAGCAGCACCACCACUGCCUGACCCUCCACCUUGGAAGACCAUGCAGACGUGGAGGAAGCCCUGGGAUAUCUGGAUUGCAGGUCUCUGCUGCUGCAAACACAAUCCCUAUUGUCUCAUGACAGAGAACCUCUAGGAUGGACCUUGACUGAAGGUUGGCACGGAUGAGCCAAAGAAGAAACUGUUCCUCAAUUGUGGAAGAAUGGGUUGCCUACGUAUUUUCUGGCAUCCUGUUGUUGAUGUGCAUUGGCAUAAAUGGUGUGCCAUAUCGAGACUCAUUUCUUUAUUUAAUUGAUGACUAAAUCCUGGUCAUCACAGUGAAAAUAGAGCACUUUAAAGCAUACCAAUUAGCAUAUGAACAUGCAUUGCUUUUACACUCGGCCUUUGCCCGUUGUGCAUUGACCAUGGAGCCACGUAUGUUGCGUAUUCAGUGGAUAUUUGUAUUAUGCUGGAAAACAGAAUAUGUUGGUCAACUUGCCUAUUGUUGACGGCUGAUGUCUCUACUGCAUGCAUUUUGAAUCUUCUGCAAAUCGGAUUUGCAGAAGACCAGAUUCAGAAAUGCCCUCUGACCUUCUAGUUUUCCAAGCCGCAUACGCAUUUUCCUUGUGGCGGUGCAUAUACUUGUCUAGGUGGGUUUGGCAUCUUUCUGGGGAAAGCUAUGUUUGGAUUUCGAUGCCCAAUGCAAAGAUGUUGCAAACGUUGGUCUUAAUGCAUGUUUAUUAGGACUGUGCAGAAUGUCGUUUCUCUUUCAGAUAUCGGAUCUAUUUUGUAAGAUUUGUAUAUACAAACAGUUAUUAAGAAACGGAGGGCUGAAUCCACACAAAGACUGAAUAACGAUAACAAUAAUAAUAGCACUUCAUUUAUAUUCUGCCCUUCUCACCCCAAAGGGGACUCAGGGCAGAUCACAAGUACACAUACACGGCAAAUAUUCAAUACCGUUUGUAUAGACAGUACACAGACAGACAGAACAGAAGGAGGUGUUAUUUUGAUGCCAUGGACGGUUGAGCUUGAUCCAUUCUCUAUGACAAAGAGCCAUCAGGACUUCCUCCUUCCUUUUCGUUGUCCACUAUUUUCUGAUCUUCUUUCUUUAUGGUGUUGUAAAACACCUCCCCUGCUUUAGCAGUACCUAAUUUUUCUAAUUACAGUGAAAGCUGUUUUCGAACUACUUAGGUAAACAGUGAGCAGGGCUGACGGUCGGCCACUCAUGCCGACCUAGGGCUUCGAACUUGCAACCUUUUAGUUGAUAGAUCUUAUAGUUGCUGAUGAUUUGCCAGCUAUGC